CUAUGUGAAGCUGCACUUGGUAAGAGGACCGAUGUCGGGGGAGCUCUUACAUUGUUACAGCUGUGGGCUUGGGAAGAAUCCCAAUUAUUAGACCGCAGAUGCUGAACCCCGCGCCCGUAGACUACUUACCAUGUGCAGUCGCAUGGACUGGUCGGGCCUCUUAUGUAAAAGCACCGGGGCAUUGCAUUGAAACUUUCAGAGAUCAGUUCUCAACAAUGCAUGCCAAUCAGUUUAUUUGGAGGCCGUAUGAUUCGCGAAAUCUGCCGGAUGUUUGUGUUGCCGGUCGUCCUAUAUGGACGUCGAUGACAACACUAAUCUGCUGGAAUAUGGUUGAGCCACACAUGCCACAGCGGGUGUUGCGACAAUUUGGGAUUGUCCAACCUUAUAUCCCGAUUGUCGACCGGUUCCACGGAUCUGAUUUUACGAAACAGGAUCGACGUGGCAAAGCAGGUCGGAACUGGGUUCAGUGGCACGCCAAUCAUAUACAAGAUUGGCAUAAUAGGCAGGACACGGUGUAUGUUGAUUUGGAGUACUCAAUGGUGCUUGUUGCUACUGAUGAGUACAUGGACUGGUUUCGCCGGAUAACCGUGGUGUACCUAACAAAACCUGGGGUGCAUUCUCAUGAGGGCUUCCAUGAAACGGCGGCCUCUCAUCACUACGCGGUGGAGACCCUUCACAAAAUACGCCACUUUCUUAGGGAGCAAGACAUGUCAGGACGGCCGGAUUUAUUCACCAUUUCGAGAAUGGUUGAAGAUGGCCUCCAGAUAUGUGGGGAAGCUGAGACGAUGGACCACCGUCCUUCACAGCGCUCUGAGCUGGACCUUGACAUGCCCGUGCGGCAAAAAGCGAAGCGGCGUGGAAAGAAGAAAGUUGGUGGAGAGUCGUCAUCAUCAAGGAUGGAUACUCAGUUGGUUGAUGAUUCUGAUGACGAUUUUGUGGCUCCACCUCCACCAAGAUCUGCCGUGCGGGGUCGUCACUCAGUCAGCCACACGGGUGGUACAGGAGAAGAUUUCGGUCUCAGCGAUCAACAAUCUCCACCUCGGUCUUCUGCGAGAGACGACAUUGAUUUAGAGAAUGCCGUCGUUGAAGAUACUCCUCCGUUUAGAAUCCCUAAAACCAGCAUCGGGAAGGGAAUCCGUAGUCUGUUUAUGCGUAAAAGGCGAGACGAGUGAACGUUGCCCGAACUUUUUAUAUUGGUGUUUUUACAUUGAUUUGAACGCUUUAUAUAAGUAAUUUGAUAUAUUGUAUUGAUAUUGGUGUUUUUUCAUUCAUUUGGCGUAUGUAUAUUAGUAAUUUGAUAAA